CUAGUGCGGCAACGUAGCAGACGAUUAAUACACACAGGUGAGUUGUGUGGCUACCAUUUCUACCUUUACCUGGCGUGUCUGACGUCACAAACGCGGGCGCGUUCUCGACCGCAGUGCGAACAUGGCGUUCUCGCGCCUGCGAGCUUUUAAUAAACAAAUAAUCGCGAGUGCGGUGCUGUUAUUAUUAUUAUGUGUUGUGAUAACUGUGGCUCAAGACUAUGGCCGGGAGAGGUACCCUUAUCCACCGAACCCGCCGACGUACAAUCGCAAUCCGUACGCGUACCCGCACGACCCAUACAAUAGGCCCGAUCCGGGCGAUCGCGACUACCGUACCUUCUUCUACAACGGCCGCAGGUAUGGCCAGCAGGCGACGUCUUCCAAUAAUCGGGAAUAUCCCGGGGAUCCCAAUCGAGUUGGGCAGGAUGAACGAUUCCUCUAUGAUCAGCAUGGAAAUGUCGCCCCAAUGCUCCCUGGCAUCCUUGGAGGAUGGCGUGAAGAUAUCCAGGGUAAACUACGCGCGGAUAGUAUGAACAUCAACCGACCGCGGGACAUUACAGUAAAAACAAAACAUGGUCCCGUGCAAGGUUUCAAAGUCUAUUUAUACGACAACCCUGAUCCCGAUUCCCUUUACCGCUACGGUUCAGAAUUCAUUGAACGUGAAUUUGGUACCACCGAUGUAUUUCUGGGUAUACCAUACGCACAGCCACCAACACAAGAAGGUCGUUUCAAACCACCGCGUUGGCAUAAAGGAUGGCAACUUCUACAAGCAGUAGACUAUGGUCCUGCGUGCCCACAACCUGUCCAACACACCGGUGCAACCAAAGGAAUACGCGAUGUUAAUGAAGAUUGUUUAUAUUUGAAUGUUUAUACACCCACUGUGAGUGGGGUAUCGCAAAAAUUCCCCGUGAUGGUUUAUAUUCAUGGUGGGGACUUUGUUAAGGGUGCUUCCAAUUUAUUUCCAGCACAUAUUAUGGCAACUUUUUAUAAUGUUACUGUGGUGACUAUAAAUUAUCGUCUCGGAGUGUUAGGUUUUCUAAGUACUGGUGACAUAAAUUCACCAGGAAACUAUGGAAUUCUUGACCAGGCAAUGGCCCUAAAGUGGGUUUACGAAAACAUUGAAUAUUUCAACGGUGACAGAUAUUCUAUAACACUCUUUGGUCCAGGAGCAGGUGGAGCGUCUGCUGGUCUCUUAAUGGUAGCACCAGAAACGCGGCACAUCGUCACCAAAGUAAUAGCACAAAGUGGAUCAGCAUUAGCUGACUGGGCCCUCAUCAGUGACUUAUACAGAGCACAAAACACGUCCAGAGUGUUUGGACAAUUAAUAGGAUGCAGUAUAGAGUCCAGUUGGAAGUUAGUCAACUGUUUAAAACAUGGUCGAAGCGCAAAUGAUUUAGGAAAUACAGAAUUUCCUCCUCAUGUUGGACUAUUCCCUUGGUCACCUGUAAUCGACUGGAAUUUAACUAUGCCGUUUUACGAGGGGUGGAAUGAACGUGAUUGGCACUUUUUAAAAGAAAAACCAGAAGAUUUAAUAAAGCGCGGGGAGUUUAAUCAAGGAUUAAGCUAUAUGGCAACGUUAACAAUGCAAGAAGCAGCUGAUUUUAUUUAUAAAAACGAGUCCCUGGCAUCUACCUACAUAGUAGACGAGCAGUUUUUCGACCAGAAAGUCCGCGAAUUAGUCCUGAGAUACAAUUACACUCUAAAUCCAAACGGGACUUUUGAAGCUAUAAAAUACAUGUAUACAUACUGGCCUGACCCGCACAAUGUUACACAUAUACGUGAAAAGUACAUAGAAUUGCUCUCUGAUUUCCUUUACGUAGCACCGAAUGAUAAAAUGAUCAAAAUGUUAGUCGAGCGUAAAGUGCCUGUUUACAUGUAUGUACUCAACACGACUAUAGAAUCAUUUAAACCGGAGUUUUGGCGAAGGACUCCGCAUGACAUAGAACAUUAUUUACUCACGGGUGCACCUUUCAUGGAUGUUGAGUUUUUCCCCAAAAGGGAGCGAUUUGAAAGGACACAGUGGACGAACAACGAUCGAAAUAUGAGUCAUUUCUUUAUGAAAUCAUAUACUGAUUUUGCACGAUACGGAACGCCAUCUUUCACGCAAAUUUUGGGUUUGCACUAUGAGCAAGCAAUAAAUGGCCAAUUAAAGUACCUAAACUUGAAUACAACUUAUAAUUCUUCAAUUAUGUGGAAUUAUAGACAAACAGAGUCAGCCUUUUGGACGCAGUACCUCCCAACUGUGGUGGGGGUACUGGUACCAACCUUAAAACCCACUACAGAGUUCUGGUAUGAACCUAGCACUCCCCUACAAGUGGCCUUUUGGAGCAUGUCGACUGUUUGUCUCUUUUUGGUUGUCCUGCUGGUGAUUUGCUGCAUGUUAUGGCGUAAUGCAAAGAGAAAUCGUUUCUAUACGGGUGAGACUUUUAUGAUCCCCGAUGCAGACGCUGACAUGGGUAUCGAAAACGAAUUCACCGACAAACCAAUUCGUACGGUUUAUGCAAGCAGUGGUGGUGUGGGUUCGGUAAGGUCCAAUAGCGCUGCGACAUUCCGAAGUAACAGCGCGAUAUCUUUAAAGGAGCUGCCGGAUUACACCAGCAGCCCAAAUGGGGAAGCAGAACUACCUCCGAGACGAGGUACGCCCGUAAUGGGCACGCGGAAGACCUCAAGAAGUCGUACACAACUAGUGCAAGGUAUACCACAGACUGAUGUGUGAUUAAUUUGUUUAAAACUGAAUUGUUGGCCAUAUGACAACUUAAAAAUGUGUUCACCAAUCACCGUUCAUCGUAAAUUAUAAGGUUUUACAUUUUAAACACGCUUUUUGAGAAUUUUAUAAUUGAAAUAUUUUGUACAUAUAUACAACUAGUUUUAGGUUGAUUGUUUGUGCUUGUUUAUUGUAAACAAUUACAUUGUAAACCUGAGAGUGCAAAAUGUAAAUUGUUAUAUUUGUUAGAGAAGAAUAUUUUGUACAGAUUUACCUACUUUUGUUUCAAACAAAAUAGUAUUUGAGUUUCAGUAGUUUAGAUUCAUGUUGAAGUAUUUUUAGAUUGUAUUUCUUACAUUUCUUACUUUUAUAUGAUUCUAUUUGUGUAAGAAGCAAAGAACAAAUAAAUGUAUAACAGCACA